AAUGACGCUCAAAUCCCGGCACGCGCACGGAGGAAGAAGAAAGAUAACGGAAUACACAACGCAGUUUUCCUUCUGGGAGGAGUCGGGACUAACCGGCCGAAAGGGAACGACUUUCUCCCUCCAACCCCGUCCUCACAGGGUCUUACUCUGGGAUUUAAUGUUUGUUUUAUUAGCAUGUAGCAAAGCAACCAAGGAAUGCUAACAAACCAAGGCUAUUAGUCGUCGUUCAGUCCGCUGCAAUUGAAAGACAUGCCAUCCCUCCAUCCAUGGCUGUGUUGGCGCUCGCUCCGGACUGCAGCUGAUCCCUCUUAAAACCUCUGCAGGGCGUGCAUCGAUCGAGCGAACAUGGGAGGUCAUGGAGCUGAGCGAAUGUUAACGCAUUAAAGCAACGUCUGAAUAGCACAGGAGGAGGAGAGCUUCAGACAAGGACGUGAGGAGCUGUUACGGUAUGGGGGAGAGCUACAUGUACCAGCGACUCCCCUACACCCGCGGAGAGGGGGAGGGGGACGAUGAAGAGGAGAGAAACAGAAGAGUCGGGGGACAGAUGAUGCAGUGUGAGGAGGGCACAGAUUGGCUGCUGGAGCUGCUGACUGACGUUCAGCUGCAGCAGUACUUCCUGCGAAUCCGCGACGAACUCAACGUCACACGACUCUCCCACUUUGAUUACGUCAAGAAUGAAGAUCUGGAGAAGAUUGGCAUGGGACGUCCGGGUCAGAGGAGGCUUUGGGAAGCCGUCAAAAGAAGACGAGCCCUUUACAAACGCAAGUCCUGGAUGAGCAAGGUGUUUCCUGUGAAACGGUCAGAUGCAGACCCCCAGCAGCCCCUCCCUCAGGGCCCUUCAUCAGCUGCCCUUCCUUUCAGCAGCGAGCCGGGAGCCUCGCUCACCUGCCUCGUCAGAGAGUCGGAGCUGCAGCUGUUUGAACGGCUGGGAGACGGGACGUUCGGCGUGGUGCGGCGAGGGGAGUGGACCGGACCCAAUGGCAGAGUGCUGUCGGUGGCUGUCAAGUGUCUGAAGGCAGGCGUGCUGGAUGCAGACGGUCUGGAUGAUUUCAUAAGGGAGGUGAACGCCAUGCACUCGCUGAGCCACCAGAACCUCAUCUCCCUGUAUGGGAUUGUCCUCACGCAGCCCAUGAAGAUGGUGACCGAGCUCGCUCCUCUGGGUUCCUUGUUGGAUCGUCUGAGAAAGCGUCAGGGCCACAUCCUCAUCUCUCUCCUGUGCAACUACGCCGUUCAGGUGGCGUGUGGAAUGGCUUACCUGGAGCAGAAACGCUUCCUCCACAGGGACCUAGCUGCCCGCAAUGUUCUCCUAUUUAGCAAUGAAACUGUGAAGAUUGGAGACUUUGGCCUGAUGAGGGCGCUACCUACACACACUGACCAGUACAUCAUGGAGGAGGGCCACAAAAUCCCUUUCCCUUGGUGUGCUCCAGAGUCCCUCAAGUCUCGAACUUUCUCUCAUGCGUCUGACACCUGGAUGUUUGGAGUGACUCUGUGGGAAAUGUUCACCCACGGCCAGGAGCCAUGGCUGGGGCUGAACGGCAGCCAGAUCCUCCACAAGGUGGAUGUCGAGGCUGAGAGGCUGUGCAAGCCCGAUGACUGUCCUCAGGACGUCUACAAUGUCAUGCUGCAGUGCUGGAGCCCAAAACCUGAGGACAGGCCCACCUUCAUCGCUCUCAGAGACUUCCUGCUCGAGACGAUGCCUACGGACAUGAGAGCUCUGCAGGACUUCGAGGAGGAAGACAAGCUCCAGAUUAAAAUGAGCGAUGUCAUCACAAUCAUCGAGGGAAGGGCGGAGCAUUAUUGGUGGCGAGGCCAGAACAGGCAAACGCUGCGUGUCGGUCAGUUUCCUCGACACGUCGUGACAUCAGUGGCCGGUUUGUCGGCCCAAGACAUCAGCAAACCUCUGAAACACUCGUUUAUCCACACUGGACACGGAGACACAGACCCUCACCGGAGCUGGGGUCACGCAGACCGAAUAGACAGUCUGUAUUUGGGAAACCCCAUGGACCCUCCUGAUGUCCUAGGAUUUGAUUCUGGCACUGCGAGACCAACCAAACUCCCCAACCGAGCAAAAAAGAAGCCGCCUCCUCGUCCUCCUCAGCCUGCCGUUCUGCUGAAGAAGCCGCUGUAUGACUCGGUGAUGGACGAUUAUGUCGACGAUGACGACACCAGCAGUUCAUCCGGUCUGAGGAAGCUGGGAGCGUCUCUGGGACUGAAGCUCCGCCCUUGGGAGGGAACCGGCGUGCGCUCUGCUAAAAGCGAGGUGUCACUCAUCGACUUCACAGACGACAGCUUCAGCUCGACCACGCCUUCCCCGCUGACAGAGACACGUCAACCAGAUGAAGACACGCUGAAGGACACUCCGUCCAUCCUGGACUGGCCUCUCCCUCAGCCAGCCUAUGAUGAGGUCACUGCAGACCUGGAGGACCAAUCAGAGGAUCAGGAAGUUCGCUCCAUCAAUAAGGGGUCCACUGAAGAAGCCUUGGUCACGUCUGGAGCCAGCAUGGGGGGCAGGAGCGAGUCGCAGUCAGCGGACCUCUUCCAGGAGCUACAGAGAGAGGUUAUGGUCAAGCUUCGGGUUCCCAUGACAACUGGCCGCUCCCUCCCCUCCUCUCCCACCCCCAUGCCUCUUGUUCCUUUGGGUCCCCAUCGACAGAUCUGCCUGCCUCCUCCCUCCCCCUGCCUCGAGGAUCGGCCAGUGCUGCCUCCCCGCAGUCCUAUCCCCCCCUUGCGUCCCUCCAAAAACAGCACUUCCUCCCGGCCCGCCCACCCACAGGCCCGCUCCAGCUCCAUUUCACUGGGAGAUGAGGACGACGUGCCCCCUCAGAUCCCCCCCAGAGACCAUGCUUUUUCUCAACCAGGUUCUCGCUCCUCCUCUCCCCUCCCACUGGUGCCGCCCAUGGCCCUCCCCCCUCCCCCUCUGUCUGUCUCUCCACGACGGGCAGGUGGACUCCUGGGUUCCCUCUUGCCCAACAACUCUUCCUCACAUUCCACACGGCUGGUGCCUCCUGGCUCAUCUUACUCCUCCACCUCCUUACUAGACCCUCUCACCUUCCGGGAGGGGCGUGGCUUCUCAUCACUGAUCGACAGCUCUAAUCCCACCCCCCUGCCGGAGAGACCAGCCUUUCUGGAGAGAUACGGGGCCGCCAAUAUGGCAGCAGUCAAACCCAUGAUGCAGCAGCCAGGUGGAGCCAAACCAAACACCUCCUACAACAACAACAAUGGACGAGCUGCAGCUCCCAGCAUGCAACAGGACCAGAGCAUCACACAGGUACAAGGAGCAGUCCAUGGCGUCACGAUGGAGGAGUGUACAGCCGCUCUGCAGAGUCAUAACUGGAACGUUCAGCAGGCUGUUGAAUAUUUAAAGGUGGAGCAGCUGUUCUGCUUGGGACUGCGUUCAAGAGCGGAGUGUGAGGAGCUGCUGCAGCAUCACCACUGGAACCUGGAGCAGGCCGGCACGGUCAUGCUGGACUCGCUUCCCAACGGGUCAUCUACAGUCGAGUCAACUACAAACACAACCGCUGUUUAAUGUUUCUGUGAUUAAAAAGCUUCAUGUGGGAAUAAAACACGAUGCUGAAUUAAUUUAGAGAUGCAGGUAGUUUCUUUCCACAGGCUGAAGGACAAACCCAAUUUUAACCAGCAACUACAGAUACAUGAGCAGAUGCCCUCAUUUAUCACAGCCUCAGAGGCCAGAAAGGACAUUUAGUAAAGUCACCAACCAAGAUGUUUUCAUUAGAACUGAUGAAACUUUGGCCCUCAUUGUGUUUUCCUGUUGACACAAUCAGCUGCUGACGACACUGAUCCGCUAAGAUGACUCGUCGUUUCACGAUGUAAACGAGGAGGAUUCUAGGGAAGAGCCUACGCGCACACACACACACCCACACACCCACACACACACACACCAACCAGGCUGCAUUUAUGAUGGGAGUGUGGGUGUUAGCUGGUGGCUGCAGUAAGUUUGUUCAGCUUCUGGUCGUUAGUGAAGCAAUAUAAAACUGAUGUGGCUGUUUUUAGUCCAGAUGUAAGAUAAUGUAUAUAAAUGUUGUUUGAUGUGUAACUGCUGGUCAGAAAAUGGUGUUUAUGACUGCAUGAGUUUUAACAGUUGGACUUCCGGAGGGUAUUUAUCUUUACAAAUGACAUAUUUAAGACCGAGUUGUUAAACUGUCUGAUAAUCUAAGAGCCUGUUGCUUAGUCCUUCAAGUAAGCUGCUGCUGCUUCUGUGCUCACACUGUUUGUAUGAUGAUCACAUUUGGCUGCUUAAAGAAGCUUGAAAAUAGAAUUUGUUAAUAAAUACCAUCUUCAGAAACA